GUUAAAUCAAUUGUCGAGAGAGAUAUGAGUGUACCAAUGAUUGUUCACAAUCUGAGCAUAGGCUACUGAUGUGAAAAUGGCUGAUAAACAGCAAACUGUCCUGAAGAGUGGGAAAAUUGCGGCUGGUGCAGUGGUCUGUGUGGAAAGUGAGAUCAGAGGAGAUGUCACCAUAGGUGCCCGCACAGUGGUCCAUCCGAAAGCUCGCAUUAAUGCCGAAGCAGGACCUAUAAUAAUUGGUGAAGGGAACCUGAUAGAGGAGCAAGCUCUAAUCAUUAACAGCUAUCCAGAGAAUAUCAUGCCAGAGUCCGAGGAUGUGGAACCCAAAACCAUGUCAAUUGGCAUCAACAAUGUCUUUGAAGUUGGAUGUGUUUCUCAGGCUUUGAAGAUUGGGGAUAAUAAUGUAAUUGAAUCAAAAGCUGAUGUUGGUAGGAAUGUGAUUCUGACAAGUGGCUGCAUCAUUGGAGCAUGCUGCCAGGUGAACACAUGUGAGGUCAUCCCAGAGAAUACGGUCAUCUACGGCUCCAACUGCAUGCGCCGCAUCCAGACAGAGAAACCACAGCCACAGACUCUCCAACUUGAUUUCCUCAUGAAGAUUCUUCCAAAUUAUCACCAUCUAAAAAAGACAGUCAAAUCUUCUGGCAAGAAUUAACCAAGGAAACAUGAUUGAUGAAGUGCACAAGUAUUGUAUCUCCUUCAGGAAAAGAAAUGGAUGAACUGGGCCUUCAGCUAGAGUGACACUCCAGAAUGUUUAUGGGCCCUAAUUUGAAUGAUCGGCAAAGCCUUCAGGCAAACUAAACUAAUUUAAUAGGCAAAAUCAAAUGUAAUAGGCAAGAUAACACCAGCUACAGUUCAUGCACGAGAACUUUGCUUGGUGACAGAGUUUGCCCCAUCUUUAAAAUUAGGGCCCGAUGUGCUCAAGAGUUCAUGGAAUAGGGCUAUGCUCACAUCACUCAUCACUCUAGCUACGUUUUGAGCUCUGGGCUUUUUUCUUGAAGUAUACUGAUCCACCACUAAAGCAGUAACAUCAGUAAUUGUAAAGGUAGUUCAUUAAACAAUUUUCAGUAGGCAACUAUUGUUUCCAGCCUCAUAGACAUUCCACAUUCCUAUUUGAAUUGUUUUGUACAGUUUUAUUGUCAUUAAAUUAAGGUCUGUGUGA